AUUAAUGGGGAAUUUUGAGCCACGGGGGCCGCGAUACCCGAGGGAGCCGAGUUCCUGGGGUGAGCCUCCCCCUUUUCGAGAGGGUGAUGAUGCGGAGGCCGCUGAUAAGGUGAGUCAUUUGAGUCAGGCUGAGGCGAAUAAGCUGCUGAGGCAGUUUUUUAGGAUGAAGAAAAGUAUCAACGCUGAGUUGGACUCCUUCAUCGAGGAGCCCGUUCUGAUGUAUAGAAAACCGAAUUUUGUAAAUAAAAGUACAAGCUGACAAAAAUGAA